AUCUUCCAUUGGCUGAACGGAGAGAUUCAUCAAUGAACCGUUGCGCUGAUGCAUCAGAGAGACCAUUUUAAUAUCUGGAGCCAAAACUUAAGGUCACUCUGGUCCGUUGCCUUUUUUGGAUUUUGGCUUGUGCGCGAGCAUUUUCGUUCAAAGCGCAAUUCUCGCUCCGAAGGUUUUUUCCUUCACUUGUCGCCUCCCACCCCUCCAGGGGCAGAAUCAAAAAGAAUCCGUCCCUUUCUCGAGCCCACGCACCCCACCCGUGGAUCGAGGCGCACGAGUUCUCCUCGCUUGGAAUCCGGCGCAUCUCAACCCCGCGGGGGAGGGACCCCGCCGGCUGGGAUCGGCGCAACAGCUGGACCCCCCUUCGCUCUCCGCGCGCAGCUGCCUUGGCGAGGCGCUCCCCUCCGUCUUGCGCAAGCGCCAGAAGCCGGCUCCGGGUCGAGCCCGGGGCGCUGCGGGAGGAUGCUCCGCGCCCCGUAGCUGUGCGCCCUGCGGCACCGCGGGCCAGGGCGCAGGAGGCGCGCCGCCACCGCCAUGCGCCAGGCCCUGGCUCAGCCGCGCUCCAGCGCGAUCCCGCUCUCCAGCUCGGCCGGGUCUUUCAGUAGAAGGAAACGAAAUUCCCUCUAUGUCACGGUGAGCCUGCUCAUCGUCUCGCUCCUAAUUCUCACAGUGGGGCUUGCUGCUACAACAAGAACUCAAAACGUGACUGUCGGAGGCUAUUACCCAGGGGCUAUUCUGGGUUUCGGAUCAUUUCUCGGAAUUAUUGGCUCCAAUUUGAUAGAAAAUAAAAGGCAAAUGCUGGUUGCUUCAAUCGUGUUCAUCAGUUUUGGUGUCCUUGCUGCCUUCUGCUGCGCGAUCGUGGAUGGCGUGUUUGCUGCCAGGCAUAUAGACCUCAGGCCCCUGUAUGCAGGACGCUGUCACUACUAUUCCACAAGUACAAACCAGCCAAAAGCCGUCUGCCACCCGCAGCCCCGGGGCUCCUGCAUUCCAAAGAUCAAAACCAACACCUGCUUCUGCUGCGACCUGUACCACUGCGGAAGCAGAAUGGAGAUUUCUGGCGGCUAUUAUGAAUUCAUUGAUGUCAACAGCUGCCAAGAUAUCAUCCACCUUUACCAUUUGCUCUGGUCGGCAACAGUACUGAAUAUCUUGGGUCUGGUUUUAGGGAUCAUCUCAGCGGCCGUCUUGGGUGGUUUUAAAGAUAUGAUGCCUGCUCACCCUACUCUUACCUGCACAGUGGAAAACACGCGGCCUGCUGUGUCCUAUUACUCACGACCCCAGGUGACAUCUUACAACACCUAUCACAGCACUCCUCACCUGCCCCCGUAUUCAGUGUAUGACUUCCAGCAUUCCAGCAUCUUUCCGACCUCAAGCCCACCUGGCCUGUCGGAGACCCCACUCUCGUUGCCGCCCUCACCGAGCUCCGUCUGGUCCCCACCUGGCGCCCCUCCUCAUUACUCCCCACCGUAUUUUCCACCUUUUGAAAAACCGCCGCCCUAUUCGCCCUGAGAGCAGGGCAGGGUAGAGGAGUGCUGCCCUUCGGGCUAACGGCAAGCCUUUCAUACUGGAGGAAGUGAGCCGUCUUUCCUAGCACACGGAGGACCCCGGGGAGCUUUCCCACCGUUUCCUUUCAGUACCGUGGGCCUUGCGUCCCACAGCAGUGACAGAAAGUGGGCAUCCCGCCUUGGACCUCUGGUUGUUUCUAAAUGACAUCGGGAGAAAGCACCGCUGCCCGUUCUUGAAGAAGUUGCUUGCUGUCUUGCCAAACUCACUUUGAGUGAAUUGCUUGCUACAGAGAGCAUUUGAUGAUCUAGGAUCUAUCCCAGCCUCAGCCCAGUUCUCCUUGGCUUCAGGAAUUGUCCUCCUCGGUCGCCCUGGGUUGAAGGGAAUGGAGGGUGUUGCGAGUCCACAAACUGGCACAGGGUCAAGAAAGUCAAGAUGGCAACUGCAGCACAUGCAACCAAAGCCCUCCCCUUUCUUAGGUGGGUUGUGAUGCAUAUAAAAAAGGGGCGGAGUUUUG